AUGGAUUCAAUCGAAGAGUUCAUCUUUAAAAGAGAGAUCGGUCAAAGUUCUUCAGCUAGUUAUUUAGAGCAAGCCUUAGUUUGAAAUAAUGCAUCCCUAACAGUAAAAAUUAUAUAGUGUUUUUAUCCAAAAAAUUCAACAAUCAAUGCUGAAAAAAUAGGCUCAGGAUCGAUUUGAAUUAGAAGCAGAGACAAUUUCAUUGUCUCUAUCGACAAAAGAGGAAAAGCAAUUUUCGGUACAAUUUUGCUGUCGUCAUCGUGGAUAAUUUUAACCAAAAGGAAUGAGAUUGCGUAUAAAGCUUUUUUUACAUCAGAGUGCCUCAUUGUUGUAUUAAAGAGAGCACAAGGCAGCUUAUUAAGGUUUUAUAGUUAUAACUAUAUAAAUCUUGUUCAAGGAAGUGACUGCAGAAGAGAAAUUAUGCAAAGCUCAAACAUUAAUAUAAGCCAUUUGGAUCAAUUCGACAUUGAUAAAUUUUUUGUUGUUCUCAAAAAGAACAAGACAGUUUCUAUAUGAAGCAUCUUAACAGAAGCACUGCAGUUCCAAAUUGAAGUCCCUAGUGAUUAUGAAUUUCAAUACUCAAAUUCUAGCAUUUUGCAUUGGAAGACAAACCAAAAUGGCGUAGAUUUGCAUAUUAACAUUUUUAAUCCUAAUACUGAGCACCAUUUUUUUGUAAGAGAUAUAAGCAAAAUCAAUUUCAUUUGGAGAAUAGACAAUUCAAUUUUUAUUGCAGGACUUAAUAAAACAAUUUUUAUUGAUUUGAGGAACGGAAAUGUAUUUGAAGUUCAAAUACACUCGAUUUCUCAAAUAUAUGUUCCGGACUCAAAUGACGGUAUCAUUUUAAACACUGGCGAAACCAUGAUUUUCCUUACUGACUGUGAAAUAAAAUGGUGACGUUGACAGAAAUUGGCACUCCCUAUGUAGCAGGUAGGAUCCAUCUGAUGACACCGAAAGUAAGGGCCUCUGUCCCUAUUAAAGUCAGCCUUCAGGCUUGGGGAGCCUUGCCGAAAAGGGAAGUUUUUGUUUCUUCCUCGAAGGUUUAUCUGUUCCAGCCGGAUAGGCGGACACAUUAAAAUUGAGACACGUGCUAACUUCGUUCUUGGCGCAGCAGUCCAUAUCAUAUGGUUACUGAAACUGGGACGGACUUAAAACCUAGAAUCAAGUCUAGACUCAAGAGACGCUUAUCCGUGUAGGCUUUGGCGGCUUUCUUGUGGUUGGAAAAUUGAGGUGCUCAGCAAAGUCUGUUGGAUCCGAGGACCUAUGAAGAUUCCCUCUACCUAGAAACUGGGGUUCCAGCCCAGGCCACAGGAGAAGGAAGGCACUCCAGCACCUGAUAGACUCGAAGUAGUUGAUCCAUGCAAUUAAACUACUCCAAUUGCCCGUAGCAGGGUCGCAGAAAUCCAUAAGCUGCCAACUCAAUACUGAAGCCUCAAGGCAAGAUUCAGAAACGGCACAGACCAUCCGGGGCUGAAGUUAAAAAGCGGUUGAACAUCCCGUACAUGAGGUCUUUGAUGAUUGCGUCACCAAUAUGGCAACACCUGACUUUAAUAAUCCUAAUCCUGCCGGAUAGGCUAGACAGGUUUUGGAGACCUCAUCGUCUUUCCUCAUCGGGACCAUCGGGGCACAGCAGAUGGUGGCUUUGCCCAUGGAGCUGAUCCUUUGGACAGGUGGUUCAAAUUUGAAAUUCAAGAUGGAUUUUGGCGAAUUAUGGUAGCAUCAGAAUCUCGCUCUGGGGCUGCUCUAGAGCCAAGACCGGCGAUGCUAGUGGUUCUUAAUUUAAUUACUAACUGUAGAUUUAAAAUUGUGACGUAGACGGAAUAAGGACUUCAAUAUGUGCUCCUCUGAUAGAAUAAGUUGACUUGGGCUAGCGAGCAAAACAGAAUAUCUAAAAGAGAAGGCUACCCAAUCAGGUUGUUUGAUCUUCUCCUAGGGAUUUUCUUUCUCUGUGAGAUGGGCUAUAUAAAAUUGUCUACUCCAUAUUCUCCUUUGUAUGGACUAUAGGGGCACUCUCCGGUGGUUCUAUAUUGGUAGUUAAUACCUUGGCAGGUGACUCAAGCUGCAAAUCCAGGACAACCAUUCAUUUUAUUCUUUUGAACUCUGAGGUAUGGGAAAGCUUUUUUUUUUCAAUUCGAGACAAUAAAGACUAGUGCAUAAGAAAUUUUAACUUUUUCACAAUUAAUUACUAACUAUGGAGCGGUUUUGAACUUCAAAGAGAAGUAUCCAGUAUUGAGUGAUACAAAAGAGUUGGUUGUUGCUUUUUCGAGUGAAACUAGCAAAAUUUUCGUGAUAAGCAAAUCGCCAGUAAAAAUACUCGCUUGCAUUGAUGUUCCCCGCUCUAUUAAAGUCUCUGCUAUUGGAAUAAAUGAAAGCACGAACCAAAUUUUUAUUGGAACUAAUUAUGGAGGGUUGCUGCUUCUUGAUUAA